UCAACAUGGAUUAAGAUUUGUGACCUGAUCCCCGAGUCCUGCCUUCUCCCUGGGAAAAAUAUGAGAAUCCAACCUAGUGGUCACCCUGAGUUGACAAGUCAGCUGUCGUCGUCCUUUUCCGUUGAUAUUCCGUUCAGCUGAGUGGUCUCGUGUGCUCGUCCGUCAGUCAUCCCUCGUGAAGAUGCAGUUGAUUGUGCGUGGAAAUGCGACUUACGCCGUUGAGGCCGUCAAUUUCGAGGAUCUCCGGGCCCAAGUCAUUGAGCGCGAGGGCUCCGAAGAUGUGCUCUUCUAUUUGGCUGGUCAACCUUUGACCGUCGAUGAUCACGAGAGUCUGGUCCCCAAUGCCACCAUCGACAUCAACAUCCCGUUGAAGGGAGGCAAGGUGCACGGUUCCUUGGCUCGUGCGGGUAAGGUGCGCGGUCAAACGCCCAAGGUCGAGGCCCAAGAGAAGAAAAAGAAGAAAACUGGACGGGCUAAGCGCCGCAUCCAGUACAAUCGCCGAUUCGUCAACGUGGUGGCCACCUUCGGACGCAAGCGCGGACCCAACUCCAACUCUUAAGGAAACGAGGCCAGACCGAUGUCUAUGAGCCAAUAAAGAAUCGUGUACGAAAGAGAGAAAA